UAUUCAACAAGUGGUGAGUCCCAUGUCGCCAGCUGGGAGGGAGAGAUAUGGAGCAAUAAUCUUUUAUAAAACCAAACAAACACCUUUGAGCUUUUUUUUAAUUGUGAAAACAGCAUUAGAAAACCAAAGCGACAGGUGAGCAGCAGCAUAUCUAAAUCGACGGUAGGUGAGUCCAGGUCACAUCCCCGCGAACAUAGGUAGACCGAAGAUGUCCUGAAUGAUUGGAUUCGAUCAGAUAUGUAUCGGUUAAAUAUUGCAGCAAGCAGUAAUCGGGAUAGUGUUGGGCGAAGACGAAGCUUUGGGAAUGAAAGAUGCGUUCCCUACUGGACAACCUAGAUCACCUUACCUGAAGACUCGCCCUCUUCGGGUGGGAAUGGUGUCUUCCUGCAGACUUGAACUAACGGGAAAAACGAAGCAUAGCGUUCAAAUACAUUACAAUGGAUAUUCAUUUUGCAAGAUGAACUACGGGUUGUGUUAACACAGAAGUUAUAAUUAUGGCGGAGAACACGCUUCUCGCGGCAAGGCAGGGCGACGUGCAAGUCCUGAAGGGGCUUUUAGGAACCAAUGAACUGAACGACGACGUGAAGGAUGUCCUCGGAGCGUCCCCCGUGCACCACGCCGCCCGGGCCGGGAAGCUGACAUGUCUGCGUUUCUUGGUGGAAGAGGCUGGCUUGUCGGGGAACACUGUGGCCAACAAUGGCGCCAGUCCGGCGCACGACGCAGCGGCCACGGGCAACCUGGCGUGUUUACAGUGGCUGCUGACCCAGGGGGGCUGUCGACCCGAGGACAGGGACAGCUCGGGAGCUACAAUCCUCCACCUUACAUCUCGCUUUAGUCAGCACGAGCUCAGCGAUUGGCUGCUCAAGAGCGGGGAGGUGGACCCCGGGGCCACCACAGACUCGGGGGCCCUUCCUGUUCACUACGCCGCUGCCAAGGGCGACCUGCCGUCCCUCCGACUGCUGCUGGGACACAGCCCAAAUGUUGUCAAUUACCAAACCAAGAAUGGUGCCACGCCCUUAUACCUGGCCUGUCAGGAGGGCCACCUGGAGGCCGUCCAAUACCUGGUGAAGGAUUGUGGGGCGGAGCCAAGCAUCCGAGCCAAUGACGGCAUGACUCCGCUGCAUGCCGCCGCCCAGAUGGGCCACAACACCGUCAUCGUGUGGCUGGUGAGCUUCACGGAGGUGGGUCUGUCGGACCGCGACGGGGACGGGGCCACGGCCAUGCACUUUGCGGCCAGCAGGGGCCACGCUAAGGUGCUGAGCUGGCUGCUGCUGCACGGGGGGGAGACCGUCACGGACAGCUGGGGAGGGACACCGCUCCACGACGCCGCGGAGAACGGAGAGCUGGAGUGCUGUCAGAUCAUGGUGGUGAACGGGGUGGACCUGGGCAUCAGGGACCACGACGGCUUCGCCGCCGCCGACCUGGCCGAGUACAACGGACACCCGCAGUGCGCCAAGUACCUGCGCACGGUGGAGCACAUGAGCGUGGAGCACCGGGUGCUGUCCAGGGACCCCUCCACAGACCUGGAGUACAAGCAGCCCGACUCAGGCCUGUCCUCGCCCAACACCACCAUGCCCCCCAUCAACCCCCCGGCCCGCUUCGACCUGGGCUCCCCCUCCAGCAGCCUCUCCAACUACGACUCGGCCAACUCCAGCCAGACCAGCACCGGGGAGAAGAGGGGCGGAGCCCCGCCGGCCCCCCCCGCCCCCACCACGCUGCCAGGUGGUUCAGCGACGGCCAUCACCAACAUGCAGGCCUACAUGGACAUGCUGAACCCAGAAAUCAGGUCCGAUGUCCCGCAGGGGAGCGCGCCCUCGCCCCUCAUCCCUCCACCCCCGCCCGAGUUCCCUCCCCCGCCUCCCCCACCCGGGGUAGAGGCCACCCUGCCCCCACCCCCACCCCCUCUCCCACCCCCGCCGCCGCCCGGCUACCCGGCCCCCCUGCCCCCGUCCGGGGUCCCGGGGCAGCAGCCCCUGAGGGCUUCGGGUUCUGCAGAGUACCUGAAGAUCAAGAACAACCUGCGGCACGUGGAGAACGACAAGAGACAGGUGAGGCUCCCUCCGGGGACCGUGGAGAGACUUAGGAAGCCUCACACUGGGCCUGGUGGCCCGUUGACACUUUGA